GUUUAUUCCUGCUUUCUUCGCGAUUCACCAAUUGAUCUGCAUCCAGACUGCCAUUGGUAGGCUCUCUCGUCACCAUGACGCUCAGCCAAGGUCUCCAUGGUUCUGCUGUGUAUGGAUCUAGUCCUAUUUUGGUUGAUGAGGCGAAAAGCCUGGACUCCAAGAUGCGAUUCCUCGGGUGAAUUGCGUAGCCCAUGCAAACCCAAGGUCAUCAACGUCAUGGUAAGACCAAUUCAGAACCAGUUGAAAGAUAUAUAAACCCUCUGACCCGGGACUUAUCGUUCAGUCCAUCAUCAGUCUCAAACAACAUUUAACUAACAACGCUACUGCAACUGCUCUACCACUCAAAACCUUUUUACAACUCUCCGAACAAGUACCUGCAAACAUGUCUGACGCCGGACGCAAGGAUUGGUCUACCAAGGCUAAGGAGGAGCUCACCCCCGACUCGGCCAAGUCCACCCAGGACAAGGUUAAGGAAACCUUCACUGACACCGGUGAUCGCCUCGCCCGUGGCACUCAGCCCGACGAGAACAAGUCCGCCCCUCAGGAGGCCUUCGACAAGGCCCAGCGUUCCAAGGACAACCACAAUGGUGGCGCCAGCAAGUCGAUUGGUGACAAGAUCAAGGACGCUGUUGGUCUCGGUGACCACUAAACCCGAGCUUGGAGGAUCACCUGUGACUGUCUCAUCAUGGAUACUCUUAUGAUUUGAUGACCUAAUCCUCAUGUACUGUAUUAUGCUUAGUAUUCCGUGUCAAUUAGUGAUAAUAUGAAUAAAUCACAAAACAAAUA